AUGUCUUCUGAAGAAAAAACGAUCACUUGCAAGGCUGCAGUUGCUUGGAAGGCUGGAGAACCUUUGUCUAUAGAAAAUGUUCAAGUUGCUCCUCCAAAGUCCCAUGAAGUUCGUGUUCAAGUCGAUUGGUCGGCUGUUUGUCACACUGAUGCCUACACUCUUUCCGGUGUAGACCCUGAAGGUGCGUUCCCAAUUAUUUUGGGCCACGAAGGUGCAGGUGUCGUUGAGAGCAUUGGCGAAGACGUUACCAAUGUUCGUCCUGGCGAUCAUGUCAUUCUUCUUUACACUCCCGAGUGCAAAGAAUGUAAGUUUUGCCGCAGUGGUAAAACCAACCUUUGCUCCAAAAUCCGUGAAACCCAAGGUCGUGGUUUAAUGCCUGACGGUACUUCUCGUUUCUCCAUUGACGGCAAGCCACUCCUCCAUUAUAUGGGUUGCUCAAGCUUUAGCCAGUAUACCGUCGUUGCCGACAUUUCUCUCGUUGCCAUUUCGCACUCAGCUCCUCUUCGUAGCGUCUGCCUUUUGGGUUGCGGUAUCACCACUGGUUUCGGAGCUGCUACCCACUCUGCCAAGGUUGAUGCCGGCUCAACCGUUGCUGUUAUCGGAGCCGGCUGUGUGGGCCUUGCCGCCAUGCAAGGUGCCAUUGCUUCAGGAGCCUCCCGUAUCAUCGCCAUUGACAUCAAUUCUGAAAAGGAAGCUUUCGCCAAGAAAUUUGGUGCCACUGAUUUUAUCAAUCCUACCAAGGUCGACGAUAUUGUUCAGCACAUCACAGACAUGACUGACGGCGGUGUUGACUAUGCUUUUGACUGUACUGGCAACGUCAAUGUUAUGCUUCAAGCCCUACAAUUCUGCCACAAAGGCUGGGGAAAGCUUUGUGUCAUUGGCGUGGCUGCUGGCGGUAAGACUUUGGCUUUCCGACCUUUCUUGGUUGUCACCGGUCGUCAAGUUUUGGGCUCUGCUUUUGGUGGUGUCAAGGGCCGCACUGAGCUUCCCAACUUUGUCGACGAUUAUCUCCAAGGCCGAUUCAAGGUCGAUGAGUACAUUACUCACUCCGAAAAUUUGCACACCAUCAACAAUGCCUUGGACCACAUGCACGAGGGCAAAUGUAUUCGCUGUGUAGUUGAUAUGAGCAACCCCUAA